AUGAUGUCUUCUGGUUCGAGCAUGUCGCUUACCUCUCGACGACGCCGACGUCGUCGUGUUACCAUCACAGGACCUCCUGGCACUCCAGUUAAGAGCCCAGCAACGUCCCCCGCUUCGUUUUGCAUUCCGACAAUCGCGUACCUUGAUCAGUUUGAGCUGAGCGUGAUCGCCACAAAAAUCAAGUUUGCUCACGGCAAAGACGUUCGUUACGAUGUGAUCGUGACUCCUACGAGCGACAGAAGCCAACAAUGGACUGUAAGUCGUUCGUUUAAAGAGCUGCAAGCAUUUCAGCUUAAGCUACUUGACGCCAUGCAGCUCGGUCACCUCUGUCACGCAAGCUGUCCAUACCUGUAUUCAAGCAUCAAGGGGCGCUUUCCGAAAGAUUGCUACUUGUGCUCGACCAGCUCUUACGUUAUGAGUAAGCGCAGCCACGCGAUUGAAGAGUGCUUUACCACACUCUUGGAAGCACUUUGUAGACGCGAAAACUACUCUACUUGCAGCAUUCUGCCCGGUAUCGUGGCCCAAGAGCUUAUUGCGUUUUUGAACGAGGAUUUGUCGAUCGAGCACGAGUUUCGAUGGGAGAACUUCACCACUUCUUUAAAGACGCUAAGCAGCAGCUCUACAUAUCUCAGCACGGAUGGUAGCACCCACAGCCUCACCCCAACUUGUCUCUCCCAGUGUUGGCAGUCCAGCAGCGACAACAGCUUUGGGUCGUUGCGGUCGGUUAGCAGCAACAACAGCAUACUGGAAACAUGUGUAUUGUGCGCUAACGACGUAGCGGACAAGGGACCAUUCACCACGCUGAGUUGUGGCCACAGAUUCCACGACGAAUGCGUCAUCACCAAACUCAACGAGACGUUGGCGUGCCCCACGUGUGGUCAAAAGCUUUAA